GGAGGGACAGGGGACACGAUGGGGACAGGGGACACAGACAUGGGCAGCAUGCCUCUCCUGCGGCACCCCAGGAGAGGGCUCGGGGGGUUCGGCAGGUGCUGAGGCAGGGGGUGCUGCCCCUUUGUCCCCCCCCAGGACUGGUUACACCCUGGCAGGGUGACAAGGGACAUUGGGACCCGCCUGUUCCUCUUCCUGUAGCCCUGCCUGUGCCAGGCAGGGGCAGCGGGAGCGCAGGCGAGUCGGGGUGCUGGGGACAGGGUGGGGGGCAGAAAACCCACCUCCCCGCUGCCCCAGGUGCUGCCCUGCCCUGGGGGGGAGGGAGAAGGCUGGGUGCCCCACUGGGCGGCACUGGUUUGCACUGGGAGAGGGGAAAGCGGCACAGCUCGGCGGGAUCGGGGGGCUGCUCGGUCAAGCUUGCUGACACCCCAUUGCCCACCCAGGUGCCCGGUGGGGCAGAAGGGCCAUGGGGCACCCUGCGUCCCCUCUGCUGCUGCUGCUGCUGCUGCUGCACCCCGCAACCUCGUCCCCCUGCUUCGAGGUGCCGGCCGACGCGCCCGCCGAGCUGGACUUGGCCAACAGAAGCCACCACUGCACCGAGCUGGACUGGAGCAUCUUCCAACGGCAGAGACGGCUGCUGCUGAGCCGGAACGGCAUCCAAGCCCUGAGCCCCUCGUCCCGCGUGGCACCAGAGCUGGAGGAGCUGGACCUGUCUCACAACCGGCUGCGGGAGCUGCCCGCCGCCUUCCUGGGCCACGCGCGGGGGCUGCGGCGGCUGCAGCUGCAGCACAACCAGCUGCACGCGCUGCACGAUGGCUUCUUCGCCAACACCUCGGCUCUGCAAUCCCUACAGUUGGAGGGCAACCCGCUGGCUGCUGUGCCCUCCUCCGCCUUCCAUGCCAGCCUGCGUUCCCUGGCUGUGCCGUGCCGCUGCGACACGGUGGGCAGCAUCCUGACCCGCUGCGCCCGCGCCCCGCGGCUCCAGUGCCACUGCUGCUUGGACCACCGCGUCUUCCUCAACGUCACCGAUUUCCAUGCCCAGCAAUGCUGGCACGGCGUGGGGCUGGUGGCUGGCAUGGCCGGGGCGGCCGUCGGCGUGGCCGUGGUGCUGGCGGUGGCUGCCGUGCUGUGCUACCGGCGCAGGAAAGUGGCCACGGCCGGCGUGGGGUGGGCGAAGCGCGAGCCCUCCAUGGCCCACGGGCAAACUCGCUACAUCAGCCGCGGCUCUGAGAUGGGCACCUCUGAAGCUGCUGCUGCCGCCGCGCCAGACUAUGAGAACGUCUUCGUGAGCCCCUGCGCUGCCCCGGCCGCUGCACAGGGCUGGACGCCGGCAUGGCAGGAGGAGAGUCCCCAGGUCCCAGUGGAUGAUGACUAUUUUCUGGACGUGGCGCCCGGGGAGCAGCCCAUCUACGCCAACACACAGAACCCCAAUGAUGACAACAUCUACAUUGUCCCCAACCAGUGAGGGGGGUGGGGGGUGAAGCUCUGGCGUCAUCCAUCCUUCUCCCAGAUGCCUUCUCUGGUGGCCUCCCAGCCCAGAAGGGUCAAGGAUGGGCGCUCCCCAUGGAUGAAGGCUCUAUGGGUCUCCGCACGGCUGAGAUGGGGACACGUGCGGUCCCCACGCAUGCACCCUGCCAAGGACGCCUUUCUCAGGGGUGUUAUUUUUACACCCCCUCCACCCCGUCCCCCUUCUUCGUCCCAGUUCCCACCACAGCGCUUCCUCCCAGGGCUGGUGGCCACCAACCACGGGGACAUCUCAGUGCGGCAUCCGCCGGCAGCCGGCACACCAGAACCUUCCUGGCCGGGAACACACGUGGGGGCCCCCUGGGCUGGCUGGGGGGACGUGGGGUGACCACAGGGCGCAGUUCCUCUUCCCCUUUCAGCUGCCGAUGGAGAGCGUCGGGGUGCACGUGUGCUUGGGGACGUGAUGGCAAUUGGGGACAUCCUGGGCCCAGGAGCCGCCCUGCUGCCCCCUGCCCCCCUUUUCUGCUCUGUAGCCUCUGAUUUGGGGAACAGAGCCCAAAUCUCUUGUUUUUAACCCUCCUGGCAAGGUCCCCGUGCCCAUCCCUGCCAGGCUGUGUGCCCCGAGGGGACACAGGGACCCCCUCAGCUCCAGCCCCUGUGAUGCUCCACUGCACCCCAUUAAAUAGUUUAAUUACCGUAAAUUACCUGCGUAGCUCGUGGUCUGCUGGGAGCCCCAGGCAGGACAUGGGUGGCUGAGCCUUUGCCUGGUGCUGUCCCUGGGCAGGAUCCGUCCCUCUGGCAGCGGCAGGGUGGCACCUGCUGAGCAGAGCCAGGGUUCCUUAUCUGCUACUGGCACAGAUAGCCUUGAUAAGGGGUGUCGAGAGCUCGGAGGUGGUGUAAAUAUUAACCUAAAGGAUCUGUCUGGGGCUGGAUGGCCCUGGGGAAAGUCCCUGGAGCUCCUCAAGGCCGAGUCCCCAGGGCAGCGUGUCCCAAGGCAGCAGGACCAUCAAGGACAGGUCCCCACAGCCCAUGCCACUUCCCAGAGUGGAGGUCACUGAAGCCCAGAUCUCCCAAGCCCAUGUCUCCAGAGUGGAGGUCUCCAUAGCUUGCGUCCUUCAAGCCUUGGGUCCCCAAAGACCCCAUUCUCACAGUGGAGGUCCUCAUAUCCCUCAAAUCCUGGUCCCCAACAAGAGCUGCCAAGGGGCCGGACAGCCCAGACACCUCUGGGAUGUGCUGGAUGAGGGGAUGAGUGGUGACCAGCAGAGCCACCCAUCCAGCUGUCCCCUGGGGGCACGGUAUGUGUCACCAACCUCCGCAGAGCCUAAGGGAGCCGGGGGGGCCCCAUCCUGUGCUGUCCGUGGGAUCCCACAGCCAGAGGUACCUGGAAACUGGGCAGCAUCCACGUCCCACCCAGGAGGUCGAGCACCCACCUCAAGGACACAGAGAACCUGAAGGUCUCUGGAAGCAUCACCCACCACGGCAGCUGCCGGCAGGGA